AUGGCUACCAGAUGUGUAGGGAAGGAUGGUGGGUUUGUUAGGGCAUCUACCACAAACAAUACAAGUAUUGAUGAGAAUGUUGCCUCAACUAGCAUGUUGGCAGCAGACCAGGAACUGAAUGAAGAUGAACAGGAUGAAAUAUCUGAGAGUUCAAGUAGCAGUGAAGAUGAGGCAAGUGAUUAUGAAGUGGAAAAGGUGGAAGGGAUGGAUGGGAACAGUAAUGAUGACAAUUCAGGGUUGGUGGAGUCUAGUGAAGGAGAGAAUGUUUCUGAUGUUGAAGGAGGUGUAGACCAACAGGUCUCAUUGAGAGUUGGUAAAGUGUUUAAGAAUGUUAAACAUUUUAGAGAAGUUUUACAAGAUUAUGAAGUUCAGGAGGGUUUUCAUACUUUGAAGCAAAGGAAUGAGAAAGCUAGAGUAACUGCAAUUUGUGAUGAGAAGGGUUGCUCAUGGAGGAUCCAUGCCUCACCUAUUGAGGAUGGGAUCACAUUUAUGAUAAAGUCACUUAACCCCCAUCAUAGUUGUACUAGAUUUGGCACCAAUAAGAAGGUGAAUGCAACUUGGAUAGCAAGAAAACUUGAUCCCAAUCUGAAGUAUGACACAGAUAUGAGCAUCAAUGUCAUGAAAUCACAUUUGAAGGAGAAGUAUAAUGUAGAGGUUCAGACAAUGCAACUGUAUAGGGCAAGAUGGAUUGCAAAACAAGAAAAUGAAGGAAGUCAUUCAAAGUCUUAUGCUAAAUUGGAGGCCUAUGGGACAGUGUUAAAGCAAAGAAACCCUGGAACUGCAUUUGUGAUCGAAUACCAGAAUGCAGAGAUAUAUAGAGUAGAAGUGAAUGGAGUGGUGACAGUAAUUCCACAGUUCAAGCGUAUGUUUGUAUGCUUUGAUGCAUGUAAACAAGGAUUUUUAAAGGGAUGUAGACCUUUCAUUGGCCUUGAUGGAUGCCAUCUGAAAGGGAUAUAUGGUGGAGUGUUAGUUUCAGCUAUGUCAGUUGAUGAAAAUAAUGGUAUAUUUCCAAUUGCAUAUAGUGUGGUUGAAUCUAAAGGCAAGGACAGUUGGCUAUUCUUCCUUCAUCACUUACGUGAGUCCAUCCAAAUCACAAUAGACACAACCACUAGUAGACCAUUCACAUUCAUGACUGAUAAACAGAAGGGUCUCAUUGAAGCAAUUUCAAUCAUUUUCCCAGAAGUAAACCAUAGGCAUUGUAGUAGACAUUUAUAUAACAAUUUGAAAUCACAGUUUGGAGGUGAGAGUGGAUUGAGGACACUCUUCUGGGCUGCUAGCAAAGCAUAUAGUCUGCAUAAGUUUAAUAUGGCUAUGAAUGAAAUGAAAAUAGUCAAUCAGGAAACAUAUGAUUGGUUGAUGAAGAAUCCAGUGAAGAUGUGGGCAAGACAUGCAUUUGAUCACUGCAUGAAGAGUAAUCACAUCACCAAUAAUAUGACUGAGUCAUUCAACCAGUGGAUAGGAGUCCUCAGGAGCAAGCCAAUCCUUACCUUGAUAGACCAAGUUAGACUGAAGUUGAUGGGUAGGCUACAAAAAAGGUAUGAGAAGAGUUGUAAUUAUCAAGAUAUUUUGAAUCCAAGAAUAGAAGAGAAGCUUAAUAAGUUGCAGAAAAAUGUUAGGUACUGUAUGCCAACAUAUUCAGGGGAAGAUGAGUUUGAGGUGCAAGAUGGAAGUACUAGCUACCCAAUCUAUCUCUCUCGUUUCCGACUUGUCUCCAGCGAUGCUCAAGGUCUCCUUGAAGUUGCCGGCGAAUAUUGUGAAGAAUGCCUUAACAGUAUUGUUGGUCGUUGUGUAGUUGUUAUUGCAACACAGAAGUUAACAAAAUACAUCCAUUUACUGAUUCCUAGUAAUUGCUGGGAAUUUUCCUUUAAAGCAAGCUUGCAAUCAAACAUAGGUUUUGAUACGAAACAGGGAAUUACCUACGGAGAAUUCAAAUUGGAAUUGUUUGGUUUUUACAAUGCUGAGUGGUUGUUCCUGUUCCUUUUGGUGUUUGCAGAAAUUGUUGAACAAGUGAUUGUAACUGGGUUGGAUAUGCUAUUCCGGUAG